AAACGUGGCAGCAAAGUAUGUGUUGUUGGCACUUCUCUCAAAUGUAUCCUUUAGCUCUUCCUAUGGAGUGACUGUCUCGUUGUCGCGUGUAGCACAGUUCUGUCACUAGAAAAGCAUGAAGUGGUACAUAAUAUGUGCAGCUUUUGCUGCUUUAGUUCUUACGAUACAUGCGGAAGAAGAGGAAGAAGCUGCAAGAUUAUUAGUAUCUAAACAACUUCUGAACAAGUAUCUUGUAGAAAAUAUGGACAUUGUGAUCAAAUAUACGGUUCACAAUGUAGGGAACGCAGCUGCGUUAGAAGUCGAAAUCACAGACAACUCUUUCCAUCCGGAUCAUUUUACUCAUGUGAGCGGAGAAAUAAAUGCAAGGAUAGAUCGUGUUCCACCUUACACGAACGUUACUCAUACGGUUGUCGUAAAGCCAAGGAUAUUUGGGUAUUUCAAUUUCUCGUCUGCGGAAGUUUUAUACAGACGUAAAGAAGAUGCUCCUAGAUUACAAUUUGCCGUCAGUAGCGAACCUGGCGAAGCAAUCAUUGUAUCGUUCAGAGAUUACGAUAAGCAAUUUUCUUCUCAUGUGAUCGAUUGGGCUGCAUUCGCUGUGAUGACAUUACCUUCGUUAGCUAUUCCUUUUGCACUAUGGUACUCUAGUAAAAACAAAUACGAAAAAUUACUUAAAACUUCGAAGAAACAUUAAGUGUACAAAUUCGUCCUAAGUCAUUUGAAAGAGGCAGUUUUCUCUAUACGACUGUAAGAAACCUGACUGUUCCAUUAUGUACAUCUAAUUUUAUAAUAAACAUUAUUUAUAAAGAA